CAUCGCAGGUGAGCAUCAUCCACUCGUGCGCAAGGCGCGUGGGCGGGCGCCGCCCGCCUCAGUUAGAGACGGGCUAGCAAGCCGCUCGCACGAACCCACGCCGCACAAGCGCUGAACGAACGACUCAAAGAUGGCCACCGGCCCUAAGAUAGUGCACAAGCAGUUCAACUCGCCCAUCGGGCUGUACUCGCAGCAGAACAUCCAGGAGACCCUCAACAAGCACAUCUCCAACCUCGACAAUGGCUCUGUAGGCAUUGACUUCAACAACCCCACCACAGACAAGCCUGCUAACCUCGCCAACUCAGCAGUCCUCAGAAUGCUGGAGGAAGAGGAGAGGAACCGAAGGGGAUACCCUAAACUAGACCCUACCCAAGUGCAGGCGAUUUUGGAUACCUUGGUUCACACCAACCAUCGGUUUGAUACCGUCUGGCCCCCGCAGCAGGACCGCCUGCGAUCGGCCCGCAGCUGGGACGGGCAACUCAACGCCACUGGCAAUGUGUACCCUGAGUUCAUGAGGGCCACUAAAGGCCAGAAGAAAGUAGUGUGGCCACCUGUGCCCGAAACGAACGGAUAUCACCAGCAACAGCAGAGUCCUGCGUACCACAACAACGCGCAGCACUCCCCUUCCGCGCCACAGCAGCAACAGCCCCAGGCCCAUUACCAGCCCCAACCCCAGUACCAGCCUCCCCAACCGCAGUACCAGCCGCCCCAACCUCAGUACCACCAGCCCCAGGCAUAUCAGCAGGCUCAGGCCCCGUACCAGCAACAAUAUCAGCAGCCUCAGAGCCAGCCGGCGCACUGCGAAAGCCGCCGUCAGGAGGCCUGUGGCCUGAGCAAGCUCAUCCCUGUAGGCCCGGGUGUCCAAGCCCCCUCUCCCUCGUCCCCCUACCGCCAGGGCCCGCCGUCCCCCGGAAUCGCGCAGCCCUACCGCCCCGCGAGCAACCGCUGGGCCCCCGUGCCAGCCCCUCUUUCCCCCCAGACACAAGGCUCGCAGCCCUCUUACGGGGCGCAGUCUCAGUUCUCGCCUCAGUCGCAGUACUCGCCGCAGCCUCAGUACUCGCCACAGUACGAGCCGGCGUACCAGCCGCCACAGAGGCAGUUCGAGCCUCCGCCAGCGACCAUCACACUCCGUCAGCAGCAGCCCAUCCACCAGAAGCCGCCGCCAGUCUUCGCUAGCCAGCCGGCCACAGCAUCGUUCCAAGGCGGCGUCAACAUGCGUGGAGACCAGAAAUGGCCGCCGCAGUCAGUGAAGGAGGCCGUCGAGGCAGAGAACGAGGCGAGGAGACAGCUCGCCAAGGGCCCAGCCUGCAGACCACGCAAGCCGCGGCAAUUCUCGCUUGCCGAAUUAGUUGCCAUGAACGAGGCGUAGGCGUCGUUCCGUCUGUCCCACGUACAGGACUUUGUACCUCAGUUGUGAAAAAGGAUUACACUACAUUCUUCGCGCAGCACGCUCUCAACAACAACUACCCAGGCUACCGCGCGCCGCCCGGCACGCAACACUACGAGGACCACUCAGGCCGAUCUUCCUACUAACUUAGAUCAACCAUUAAGUAUUAUUAACUGACAGACAUUAUCAUCUCCCUAGAAAAUAGUCAUCACAUGAAUCGUAACGGACAAGUAUUAAUUUGUCUAAUCCAUAAUACCAGUUCACGACCACAUCAAAGAACUUUUUGUUGGCAUUAUUAAUGUUAAAUGUGUGUCUAUAGAAAUAGAUUUUUGGGGCAAACGCAUUAGUAAUAUCAACGAAACGAAUCGUUCAGUUUCAUCUGAAAUACAUGGGUAAUUACUUUGAGAAGCGAAGUCUCGGGAGAAUGGACUUCAAGUGUAAGUACUUGUAUUGACUUUAGGUAUAAAGUCUCGAAGCAUGUACGGGAUUGGACAUUACAAUCAGUACUUAAUUGUAGUAUUAAUUUAUUGUUUAACCAUUAAUUAGUUCGUAAGCAUAAAAUACUUAUAAAAUAAUAAAAAAUAUUGCACCGUCAUUUCUAAAUGAUACUUCAUGUUUAUUCGUCAUCACAUUUUUUAUAUUAUUUAACUUCUCGAUGUAAAUGUGCGGCUUUAAACAUUGCGAACGUAAUAAUAAGCGAAGAAAAUUAUUCAUGCUUUUUAAUACAAAUUGUAUAUAAUGCUCAAUUGUCACUGAUAUUACA